CUUUCUAUCUCUAUCUCUCCUUCUUUCUGUCUCUCUAUGAGGAUGGAAGGAAGGAAGAAGGGAGCGGCAAGAAAGGAGAAUAACAGUGGAAUAUGGAAGGAGGAAGACUUGAGUGGGAUGGAAUUGGCUUCCCUUCCAACACAUCCCUCCAUUAAUCUUGCUUGCAUCACCAAGCUUAAUCUCUCAUGCAAUAACCUUCAGAACUUGCCGGAGUCGGUGACGGCGAGGCUGGUGAACCUGGUGGAGCUGGACCUGCACUCAAACCAGCUUAAAACACUUCCUAAUUCAAUCGGCUGCCUUUCAAAGCUAAAACGCUUUGAUGCUUCUGGCAACUCGCUGGGCUCACUGCCCAUAACCAUCCAAAACUGCGGGUCAUUAGAAGAAUUACUAAUCAAUUUCAACCAACUAACCCAGCUCCCAGACACCAUAGGACUCGGCUUAACCAAGCUUCGCCUGCUCUCCAUUCACUCAAACAAACUAACUUUCCUUCCUUCCACAACCCACAAACUCUCCUCUCUCCGCUCCCUCGACGCCCAUCUCAACACCCUUCUAACCCUCCCCAAAGACCUCCACCUCCUUCCCUUCCUCCAUUCCGUCGAUAUCAGCCAAAACUUCCAUCACCUGAACUCCUUGCCUGACUCCAUUGGCCUUCUCCCUUCCCUUUCACACCUCAACAUCAGCUAUAAUGGCAUAACGACCCUCCCCGACUCCCUCGCCUGCGCAACUGGUCUUCGCAGCCUGAAAGCCGACGGAAACCCGCUGGUUUCUCCGCCGUUGGAUGUGGUUGCGAACGGAGUGGAUGCGGCGAGAGAGUAUCUUAUUGGGAGAAUGAAUGGUGUGGCGGUGAAGGGGAGGCGGAGGAAGGGGUGGAUAUGGAGAAUGGCGAGGUGUGGAAUGGUUGAAGGAAGGAUAGUUAAGAAGGAAGACGAUGAUCAGUAUGAGGAGGUUUCUCGUGAGUAUCAUUCAGUUGAUGGAUUUGGGACGCCUGGGAGAAGGUAUAUGGAGGCUUUGUCGUCUCCUCUGAAGGCUUUUUCGAGGCAAUGGUCUACGCCGGCCACGGCGAAGCCGGCGUGGAAGUAGCCAGCCAGCUCCUUUAUAUACUGACUUUUGUGUGUGUGAUUUUUAUUCAAACGAUAAACUCUCUCUAUUACCAAUAUUAUUAUAUUUUCGUCGAA